ACAUGGGGCACAUACAUUUCUUCUUCUAAGUAUUGUUCUCCUUUUCUCCAAGAAUCAAACAGGGCGAAAAGAGCGAAUUGCAGAAUGGAACAUGGGCCAAUGCAUCCACCUGUACCUCAAAAGAUACAUUGGCAACCUGACCUCUCAGUCAGACAUUUGAAUUACACUCCAAGGAUGCAAGAGAUUCAUGGGGGUGGUGCCUUGGUGAACAGGAUAUCUUCAUGUUUUGUAACACCCUUGACACAUACUUUUGUAAGUGCCCUAUGGGAGAAAGAUCCUUUUCUGUUUGGGUUGGCUACAAGAGGUAUUAUCAGGACAGCAGUUGCUCCAUUUGAACGAGUGAAGCUCUUGAUGCAAAACCAGAACGAGAUGAUCAAGUCAGGUCGGCUGAUCAAACCAUAUAAUGGAAUAUUUGACUGCUAUGCCAGAACAAUCAGAAAUGAAGGUAUCUUUUCCCUUUGGAGAGGCAACGUUCCAAGGGCCACGACACAUAUUUUAGCCAAGGUCCUACAGGUUAAAUUCGAUGAAUACAUAGCGAGUCAAGAAAGCCGGUGGAGUACUUUUCAGAUGAAAUCGGCUGCUGUUCUUUCUUCAGUUGUAAAUCAGUUUCUUGUUUAUCCAUUUCUUUAUGCUGGAACACGCAUGGCAAAUGAUGUCAAAACUACCGGUUCCUUGAGCAAAUGGCAGUUUAAUGGUAUACUUGAUGUGUAUAGAAAAACUCUGAAAGUAGAUGGCAUUCCUGGAUUGUUCCGUGGAUAUACUAUGGCACUUGCUCAGCUUGGUGUGGUGACAGUGCUAUCCCCUCCUUUAACGCCAUGGCGACACUUUUUGUAUUUCCAAGCGCGGAAUAGUUAUUUGGGCAGAGGUAUUGUAAACUGUGCGUUUGAUCUUACUGGCAAGCUGGUUUGUCACCCAUUGGAUACAGUAAGUAGAAGGAUGAUGAUGACCUCAGGAGAAGCUGUCAAAUAUAAGAGUUCACGGAAUGCAUUUGCGCAAAUUUUCAAAACUGAGGGUGUUAAGUCCUUUUAUAAGGGUGCUGGAUCAGUAAUACUUGCAAGUGCUGUUUAUAGUGUUUCCAAGGUGCUACUGUAUCAUCCAUAUGAUAUUUACGCUGCUGCAGUAGAGAACGAGUAUUAUGGCAGCGUACCUGGUUUCUCUAUCUCCUUUAAAUGGAAGAAUGAGGGAGGGAUUUCUAUCUCCUUUAGCUGGGAGUGGGACGAGGAUAACUGA